GUACAUGGCACACGAUAACACUUGCGGCGUGCGCUCCUUGCGGCCGUGCGCAUCUUUGCUAUGCAGAAAGCAAGUGGUUAAUCCUUAAAAGUCACUGCGUUGUACCUGAAGCGAAGUGCGGAAGCCGAGCCGGGGGUUCCUCCGGCUCGGCUGGUGAACCGGCGCCGGCCCCUUCACCGGCGCGCGAGCAUGGCUCGCUCAGGACGCGUGCGCAAUGCGCAGCUAGCAUCACACUUAUUGCUGGCUACGCUCUGCAUGGGUCUGCGUGCGCUGCCUGUGGGCAUGGCGCAGCCGGCGGAGGUGGAGGCAGCGCUGGUGGGCUCAGAUUGCCCCGACCGCCUGCCCACCUGCACCACAACAGUGGCCGCCCCUCGCAACAUGUUCUGCCUUCGCUUCUCACGGGACAACAAUAUCACUGUCAAUCUGCUCAAGCAGUACAAUCCCGGGAUAGACUGCAGCUUGCGCAUUCCCGAGGGGUGCGACAUUUGCACUUCAGCAACGUUGCCGCCACCUCAGCCGCCGGCAGACCCGGCCCAGCCACCAGGCGAGCCGCCGUUGCAACCGCCACCGCCGCGGCGGCCACGGCGGCCAGCCUGGCCCAGUAACCCCAGCCACCCGCCACCGUCUCCGCCGAGCGUCCCGGCGUUGCCGCCGCGGCCGGUGCGUGCGCGCGCGAGCCCGGCGCCGCCGCGGCCACCGCCCUCUCCUCCGCGGUCGCCAUCGCCGCCGCCGUCCAGCCCGGACCGGCUCGCCAAGUCGCCGCCACCGUCACCGAAUCAAUCACCGCCACCGUCACCGAAUCAGUCGCCGCCACCGUCACCGAAUCAGUCGCCGCCACCAGGGCCGCCGCCUCCAUCGCCGCGGCCUCCACCCCUGCGGCGGCCACCGCCGCCGCCACCGCGGUCACCACCGCCACCGACGCGGCGGCCACCGCCUCCGCACCUGCCUUCCCCGCCUCCGCCUCCGCCCCCACCGCCGCCUCCGCCUCCGCCGUCGCCGCCCCCACCUCCAGCCCGGAGAUCGCUGCCACCACGUCCACCACGCCCGGCGCACAGCCCUCGUGUGUUCAGCCCUCCCCCGCCGCCCUCCCCAUCCCCUCCACCACCCCCGCCGCCUCCUCCUCCGCCGCCGCCGCCCGUGCCGCUCCCGCCCUCCCCACGGAAACGGCCCCCGCCUCCCAAGCGCUCGCCUCCUCCUUCCCCUCCUCCUCCCGAGGAAUCCCCAUCUCCUCCUCCACCUCCUUUCCGGCCGCCCCCGCGUUCCCCACGCCCGCCGCGCCCGCCGCCGCCACCCAUGAUCGUAACGCCGCGUGUGUCGCCACCGCCGCCGGCCCGACUGCCGCCGCCACCACCGCCGCCGCCCCUGCUGGACGCGUCUAAUGACCCCGCUGAUCCGUCAAGUCCCUGGUUCCUGGACGCGGGGGUGACGCUCGCGCGCCACAACCUGUACCGCACCAAGCACCAGGCCCAGCCGCUGGCAUGGAGCACCCGGCUGCAGAAGGAGGCGCAGGACUGGGCCGACAACUGCUGGUUCGAGCACUCGCAGACGUCCUACGGCGAGAACCUGGCGCUGGGACAUCCCUCCAUUGAGGCAGCCAUUGACGGCUGGUACUCGGAGGUGGACAAGUACGACUUCUCAAACCCUGGGUUCAGCAGCGGCACAGGCCAGUUCACCCAGCUCGUGUGGCAGCGCACCUACAUGGUCGGGUGCGCCAUCGGCGUGUGCCCCGACGGCGUCAGCUACGCUGGCGGGCGCUGGCAGGGCCGCGUGUAUGUAUGCAUGUACUGGCUACCAGGAAACUACCCGGGUCAAUUUGCUGCCAACGUGCUGCCGGCGCUGGAAGACGCAUCCGGUCGGCGGCGGCAGCAGCGCCGCCGCGCACAGCAGGGGAUAAUGCAGCUACAGCUGCAUCAGCACACCUCGGACGACGAGCUUUAGUGCAGGCAUGCCGUGGCUCGGCAAGUCACGAGACAGAGCAUGCUUUAUCAAGGUAGGCAGCUGCAGCGGCUCGGACUGAUUUGAAGUGGGGGUGGCACGUGGAGGGAUCGACGGGCCCUGCUGAGGUUGCGGUGGAGGUCACUAGCAACUGCGCUCAGCUAGCGCAUGGCUGUAGAGGCUCGCGACAAUAAAGCGUGCCGGCUGUCCUUUCUGGAAGCUGGGCGGCCAAGCUUGCUAAGGACUUCCAAGCGGGGUGAGAAGGGACAAGCAGGGGCACUCCAGCUGUGAGCAGGCCCUGAGUAGGACGGACGUGGCUGGACGUGGAACCGUUAAGCUGGGAAUGGCAGGUUUUUAGGUGACAGCAGUGUACGUGCGGAUAGCUGCAUUUGCGCGUUGCUCGGAUGGCGUGGAUAUGUGUUGCAGCAAGGAUAAAGGUUUCCGGCACGGGCGUUACGUAUACCGUUGUCGAAGGCGGCCUAACUUCGCUGCCGCCGUGAAACGUCGCUUCUUGUAAGCUACGCCCAUG